UGCAAUUAGGUCUUACAAUUCUUCAAGCUAAAACCCUCUCUGUUAACACGACAACACAGAGUGAGGUAAUGGCAACGACAGAAGACAAUGGAAAGAAGGAAGGAACCAACUUGCUUGGCUCGCCCACUUUCACAGAGUUGGAAAACGGCCGUUUCAGGUGCGUUGAAACUGGCCACGAGGUCCUUUCUAAGGACAUAGCGUCCUACUCUCACAGCAAAAAAUGUCGUUUGGGUCUCAUCGAUUUCGCCUUGUCCAAUCGCAAAGCCCCUCUCAACAUGUUCAAGCAAGACCCUCUCUCUCGUUCAAAGUUAAUAUGUAAGCUGACUGGGGACAACGUUAAUAAGUCUGAAGAACAUAUCUGGAAGCAUAUGAGUGGCAAAAGAUUUCUCAAUAAAUUAGAGCAAGAGGAAGAAGAUAAGUUAUCUUGCCAAGGAAUGGAAGUUGAAGAUAGGUUAGAGGAGUCAAAAAGUGCAGACGAUGGAGGAAAGGAUAAAAAGAAGAAGAAGAAGAAAAAGAAGAAGAAGAAUAAAGGAAUUGAUGAGGAGAACUUACUGGAGUCAAAAAGUGCAAAUGCUGGAGAAAAGGAUAGAAUGAUGAAGAAGAAAAAGAAUAAGGACACGACAGUUGAAGAAAUUAGAUCAGAAGUUAGGAAGUCUUCCGUUGAGGAUAGUGACACAGAAGAGGAAGACUUCUGGAUGCCUCCUGUUGGUGAUCGGUGGGACCAUGAUGAUGGGGGAGAUCGAUGGGGUUCUGAGUCUGAGUCUGAGUCAGUGCAGGAAAUUGAAGAUGGGAAUGUAAUCGGUAUGUAUACCCGUCAUGUCAUUCAACAUUUAUUGUCAAAUUAACUGUCAAUAACAGAGUUUUUUUGUUUCAAAGUUGGGAGAAUUGAAUUUUUAUUGAGUUAAUUUCCAUCUGCUGAACUUUAUUGGGAUAGCCUGAUCAUAGAUUUUAAAUUGUAAUGUGUGUCAUGAGUUACUGAUUCUGAGUGAUUCCGCAACAAGUACUUGGCUGAUUUAUAACUUGACUUCACACAGAAGAUAAUGCCUAAGUAAUGGUUUGAACAGUGUUGUCAAAACUGAAUAACCUCACCAAUUAUUUCAAUGCUACCAAUUUUGAGGAGGGGUUGGGGUUCAUAUGCUAACAUGCAGAGGGAUGGCAUGUUGUAUGGAUUUCUUGUGGAGUAAGUUUUAGUGCAAGAUUCUUGUAAUGAUUGAUCCACUUUACCAUGACAAAAUGAAGAUGCUCUUGUCCUCUGUCAAUGCUUGGGUUUCCAUAGCCAACAGAUGUGUUCUUAGACAAGACUAUGUUCCAGUCGAGGAGAAGGUUUGACGAGGCUAUUAUAGGAAGCAGUGUAAGAGCAUGAAUUAACCUUUGUUUGUAGGGGUUGUUUGACAGUUAUAGUUGUUCGCCUUUUUUUUUUAUAAAAUGUAUAUAAAUAGACUUCUGUUUGUUUUAGUGGGAUCAUCUUGGAAAUAUUAGUUUGUGGUGUCUGAGUUAUCUAGUGUGAAAGGAUACAAUUCCCUUUUGUAAUCUGUUUUGCUUCUUUUGGUUCUGGAAUAAUUUCAAGAGUGAACCUUUUUCUGUUGUUUUUCUUAUCUUCAUCCUGAGAAUCCUAACAAUUGGUUUGAUCUGCUGGAUUUAAAACUUAGGGUAGCAACCUAUUUUGGUGAUGAUAGAUAGUGGAGCUAGCCACAACCUUUUUUCUUCAAAGUUGGUGCGCAGUUUGGGUUUACAGGUGUAACAAACUCCACCAUUUAGGGUAAAGUUAGGAGACGGUAGAUUAAAAUUAGGAGAUGGGCAUAAAAAGCAAACACAAGGACUCUACAAAAAUACUAAGGUUCUGUUCGGUGAGUAUGCUCAUAUUGAGGACUUUUUCAUAUUUGAACAGAGGGUGGAUUUU